CUUGAGUCUGCAAUGAGCAAUGUUCGUAGUUUGAAAAAUAUGUAACUGCAUAGACUUUAAUCUCGUUUUUAUGUCAGUAAAACUGCUUCACAGAGAAGUUCUGUUAAUAUCGACGUUCCUGCAGGAAGUCAUAGAUGAAUCUGAUGGUUGUGGCGCUAAGUUUUCUGUAACAAUUGUUUCUAGUGCAUUUGAAGGCAAAUCUUUAAUUCAUCGACAUAGGUCAGUACAUUCAGUACUAGAAGAAGAACUUAAAACAAUUCAUGCAUUCAAGCAAAAGACAUUAACACCAGCAGAGUGGGAAAAGAAGGAAAUGAUAAAAGGCUCCACGAAUUAGACCUGAGAAAUUUAAAAUGAUUCAGUUUAAAGUGUCUGCUCCUGGAAAAGUAAUUCUUUUUGGAGAACAUGCUGUAGUAUAUGGAAAAACAGCUGUUGCUGCCAGUGUAGAUUUACGUACAGUUCUAAAUUUCGCUGAAUUACCCGAAACAGAACAAAUUGUUAAGAUAUGUUUUCCUAAAGUAAAUUUAUUUAUUAACAUACCUCUACAGCAAAUACAAAAUUUCUUUUUUAUUAACAAAGACAUGGUACAUGUAGAAAAUUAUGAAGCAUUUUAUAACAAAGUAAAAGAAUUUGUUUCCAUUAUUAGUUAUGCAAAUCUGCAACAAAGAUUAAGCCUGGAAGCAUUCUUUUAUCUUUUUAUUUAUAUUACGCAAAAGGAAGAGAUCGAAGUGAAACCAUUUCAAGUUCACUUAAAUACAGAAUUGGGAAUUGGUUCUGGACUUGGUAGUUCUAGUUCCUUUGCAGUUUGUCUCGCUGCGUGUUUUUUACAUUGGUCACGUUUACAAAAAGAUAUUUAUAAAAUAUUAGAUUUUUCUAUCUUAGAUACUAUUUCGAAGUAUGCUCUAAAUUGUGAAAAAAUUAUGCAUGGAAACCCCUCUGGAAUAGACAAUUCUGUCUGUACAUAUGGGUCAAUAAUAGAAUUCAAGAAGGAUGAUUAUGUAAAGCCAAUAAGUAACGUACAUGCUCUAAAAAUUUUACUGGUAGACACAAGAGUAAAUAGAAGCACAAAGGCUUUAGUUGAAAGACUAUUAGAACUGAAACAUAGAUACCCAGUUAUUAUUGAUUUGAUUAUGAGUUCUAUAGACAAUAUAUCCAAAGAAGUAAUUAAAAUUAUUGAAAAAUUGAAAACAGUUUCUACUGACGAUGAAUAUUUUCUUGAAGGGUACAGACAAUUAAUGAUACUUAUUAAUAUGAAUCAAGGACUGCUAGCCACAUGUCAAGUUUCUCAUCCAUCUUUAGACAGAAUUUGUGCAGAAGCACAAAAUUAUGCUUUGGCAGCAAAGCUUACAGGUGCUGGCGGUGGUGGACAUGCAUACAUUCUCUUAUUACCAGAUACACAGCCAGAAACUAUUGCAAGUAUUUCACGAAAAUUGAUUGCAGAUGGAUUUACUGUCAAGUUAACGACUUUGGGCGGUCCUGGGGUACAAAUUAAUUAGUAAUUUUGUUAUAAAUAUUGCAUAUAUUAAUGCAAAUAAACUUAUUUUUAUUCUGAACAUUUUAAAUGUGAUAUAAAUUUUAUUUAUAAUUAUAAAGAGUACUUGUAAUUUUUACACAAAAUGUAAAUUACAGUUUUAAUACAGUUUAAUACAUGUUAAUGAUCAUCUCA